AUGGCUUCUGACUUUGAGCUCUCUGCUUUCUUGUCUAACGUACCCCCCGCCUUGACUUUGGCGCUGGUUCAUCUGGGCCCUUCCAUAUCAGCCUGCAGGACCGCCUUCCAAAUAUUCAGUUGGUCGACGUCGUGGUACCGGAGUUGGCUGGCACUCACAGCUUGGUGGAUCGUAUGCCUAUUUAUUGACAAAACCCUGCGGCGCUUUUUCCCUGUCAUCAUAUUUUCCUUCUUUGCAUACGUCCAAUGGCGCCAGAAGAAUGUUUCCUCAAUAAAACCUCCUACUUCAGAACACGCGCUGCGUUCCGUCAUUUCAGAUUUGACAACCAUACAGGCUCUUCUUCCAUCCCUUCCCUCUCCAUCGAUUCCCAUCCCAACACUCCUUCGCAUCGCGGCCAUUCUCUAUAUACCGUACAUCGCUUUAUCCUUCUUGGUCUCGUUUAGGGUUAUUUGUGCCCUUGGAGGCACAACCCUACUUACAUGGCGCGCCCCUUGGGCUAUAGUCCUUAGAGCAACAGCAUGGCGUAGUGCAUGGCUCAGGUGGUCUUUAUACAAAAUUUGGGCUUUCCUCAGUGGAGAACCUCUACCGGAGCGCAUCUACUCUUUUCAACCAUCCACCGAUUCGUUAACUCCUGUCCAGUCCUUGCGUUUUCUAUUUACAAUAUAUGAAAACCAGCGUUGGUGGGUUGGCCUUGAUUGGACUGCUGCCUUGCUUCCAGGUGAACGCCCGUCCUGGUGCUCUUCUUCUCACCAUCCACUGUCGCCUCCAAAUGCGUUCAGCCUCCCCCCGAACACUACCAUCUACCUCGAGGAUGAAAAAGGCGGUAAAUUAAAACGAACAGCAACAUGGAAGUGGGAAGAACCGGAAUGGCGGGUCGUUGUACGUAGAACUGGGGGUGGACUUAGUCGGGUUGAACGUCCUCUACCCAGCAUCAAGGACGAGAGUCCAAACAGCAGCCGUCUGCUGAAGGCUGCUAGUCGACUACGAGACCCGGGAAGCAAUAUAACCGUGAACUCAUCCUCAACCUUUGAUACCAACAAAGGCUUGGUGGGUAACACAGACGUUGAUUAUGAUUCCCAAGAUCCAACAGACACUCCAGGGGAGGAACCCUUAACAGACAUUGACGGGUGGGUUUAUGGCGAUAAUAAAUGGGAAGGACAGAGUAAUAGAGGCGGCAUGGGAAAGUACACGCGCUAUCGGCGAUGGACAAGGGUCGCUGUCGUAUUCGAAGAAGUUGAAACUGUUUCAUUGGAAGAUAGUGAGACGUUGAUAUUCCAAGAACAAGAACGACAGGUACCAACCAAAACCGAGGGCUCCACGCACAUCCCAGAAACUAUCAUUGGAAACCCACCUGAGAGUCCUCUUAAGCACCGGUUGAGAAUGGCGCUUAAUAAACCCCCAGAGUAA